AUGAAGCCUACGGCUCCCGUAAAAUUCGAGCUGAAAGGCAUACUCACUUCCGAAGCUUCUUCAAAAAUAUGCAGUGAACUAAGGCUGCGGAGGGAGAAGUUGCUGAAACACUUCACGAAUGCAGGAAACGAUCUUUCUGAGGUCGACAAGGACUUUAAUGACUACCUUCGUCUUUUCGCGGGCUUUCUUGUGCAAAUCGAUAAAAAUAUGGCAGGCGCGGGAGACGAUUCAUCGAAAGGGACCAGUAAACUCGCACCAGUGCAACGAUAUCAAUGGGGACAUUCUAUGCUAGGGACCUUUGCCACAGAAAUGUCGGAUUCGUGGUUUGAGGCAUUGAAUUUGAUAGACUGUAUGGCAAUGUGGCUAUCUAAGCACGCGGCGUGGGUCGCCGGCAAAGAUGAGGUGAGAGAUUACGAAGCAAAAGAGUGUCUCACUUGUCUACGUCGAGCAGCAGGAAUGUUCUCUUACGUCAAAGAACAACUAGGCAAGUUCAAAUUCUUGUCGCGUCGGCUUUCUGGCAGUGGUGAUUUCGAAGGUUCCGAUUUCGAUCCAAAAGUUGCAAGAGCUUAUGAGCAACAGGCCAUAGCUGAAUCGCAAGAGGUGAUCGUUGCUCGUGCGAUAGAAUUGAGACACAAUCCCUUUCUCAUUUCGUCACUUGCCGCGUAUACCGCCAGCAUCUUCGCGAAAGCAGGAGAGACUCUGUCAUCUCUUAAAGAAGAGAUUUUUGGAAGGUGGAGACGCUAUCUGCAACUCAAAGAACACUUCUAUCUUGCUUAUGCUUACGCUUUCCUUGGUGAAUCGUUGCUCAAAGAGGAUAAAUGUGGAGAAGCAGUGAGAGCUUGCAAGGAGGGUGUUGCGGAAUACGAGAUCGCUAACGAUUUUGCGGCUAAAUACAGUACUGCUCCAGGCCCAGGUACACGAAUAAAGCCUCAAGAACAUCUGUUUUUUCGCAAUAUCAAGCCUCUCCUGGCCCGCCACCUUGAAAAAGCAGAACGAGAGAAUGGAUUUAUUUACCACCAGCAGGUAUCACAUCCUUGCUUUUUUUUUUGCACAACUAAGCUAUGA